AUGAAGGGUAACUAUCCUCAUUUCAUGCUAAAGGAGAUCUGCGAACAACCAGACUCGACAUUGAACACUAUGAGAGGUAGAGUGGACUUUGCCAAUCACAAAGUCACUCUGGGUGGAUUGCAAGAGUUCCUUCCCGUGAUGAGAAGGUCCAGACGUAUAAUUAUGAUUGCAUGUGGUACUUCAUACCAUUCUUGUCUUGCCACAAGAUCGAUCUUUGAGGAGCUGACGGAUAUUCCAGUAGCCGUCGAGCUUGCCUCCGACUUCAUCGACAGAAAAUCGCCUGUCUUCAGAGACGACGUUUGCGUUUUUGUCUCUCAGUCUGGUGAAACUGCCGAUUCUCUGCUCGCCUUGAAAUACUGUAAAGAGAAAGGUGCCUUGACUGUUGGUAUCGUCAACACCGUGGGCUCCAGCAUUUCGCGUGAGACCAACUGUGGAAUCCACAUCAAUGCUGGUCCUGAGAUUGGUGUUGCUUCCACCAAGGCUUACACUUCUCAGUACAUUGCUCUCGUGAUGAUGGCGUUGCAGGUGGCCAAUGACCGCAUUUCCCAGAUCGACCGUCAGACCGAGAUCAUCGAAGGGUUAAAGAGAAUACCCGAACAGAUCUCGACCGUAUUGAAACUUGAAUCCAAGAUUAAACAGUUGUGCAAGGACCAUCUGAAGGGCCAGAAGUCACUACUGCUGUUAGGAAGAGGUUAUCAGUAUGCCUCUGCUCUGGAAGGUGCUUUGAAAAUCAAGGAGAUUUCCUACAUUCAUUCCGAAGGUGUCAUGGCUGGUGAGUUAAAACAUGGAGUUCUCGCCUUGGUUGACGGUGAUCUACCAAUCAUUGCCUUUGCCACCAGAGACUCCCUCUUUCCCAAGGUUCAGUCUGCCAUCCAGCAAGUAACUGCUAGAGAUGGACGUCCUAUCAUUGUCUGUAAUGAGGGAGACGACGUUCUGCCAGCAGACCAGACCUUGGCCACCUUGCAUGUGCCAACCACAGUUGACUGUUUGCAAGGUCUUUUGAAUAUCGUGCCAAUGCAACUCAUCAGUUACUACCUUGCGAUAGAAGAAGGCCAUGACGUGGAUUUCCCCCGUAACUUGGCCAAGUCUGUCACAGUGGAGUAA